AUGCCAGCUACUGCAGAAGACAUCAACUGCAUCGCCCAUUUCCUGGCCGCAGAGUCCGACCAGACCCCCCAACCGGCAGACUGUCUCGUCCUCUGCGUCUCUGCCCUCUUGACGACCGCCGAAACAGUCUUCACUCAUCUGCAGACCCACCCCGGGACCAUCAAAACCCUCGUUCUCUGCGGUGGAAUCGGUCACUCCACACCCUAUCUCUACGACGCCAUCGCCACGGACCCGCGUUACGCACACCUCGACCCCGCCAUCCACGGUCUUCCGGAAGCACAGGUCCUCCACCGCAUCUUCACCGAGUGUUUUGACGGCGCCCGCAUCGUGGACUCGGGAUGCACGGUUCUCGUGGAAGACCGGUCGACGAACUGCGGGGCCAACGCCGCGGAGACGAAGCGGCUGCUGGAGACGAGGGGGAUCCGGCCGCGGGAGAUCGUGGUCGUGCAGGACCCGACUAUGUUGCGGCGGACGGUGGCGUCGUUGGAGCAGGUGUAUGCGGAUUCUGCGGGCCCGAGUCCGCGGUUCGUCAGCUGGCCGACAUUUGUGCCGAGGGUGAGGAUGGAGGAGGCGACGGUGAUGUUUGAUGACGGGAUGGGGGUGGAGGUUGCGCGGUUGUGGAGCCUGCCACGGUUUCUGGGGUUAGUGAUGGGGGAGAUUCCCCGGUUGCGGGAUGAUGGCGAGGGUUAUGGACCGAAGGGGAAGGGGUUUAUUGUGCAUGUGGCCAUUCCAGAGGAGGUGGAAGCGGCGUGGAGGAGAUUGAAGGAGGGGAUGGGGGAAGAAAGGUGGGAGAAGCGGUAG